UGUCUGUACGAAAAGGAUGGGAGGCAACAGCAGCCACGUCUCUUAUGAAGACGACCACGUUACUUUUGUGAAGGGCAUUAGGCUGACCGACAAAGUCAUCAAUCGAAUGAGAGAGGAGUGCCAGGCCCAGAAGGUUGUCCAUCCUCGCUCACAGCAGAAUGGCCCUGCUUCCACGGUCUCAACAGAACCUGUGGUCCCUCUGUCCACACCRGCCCCCACAGUCGAUCAUUUGGUCCCCCUUCUGGUCUCCCCUUCCCUGUUUAUCCCCACAGUCCCUCCACCUGUGGUCCUACCCACACCUCYGUCUCCCCCUGUUCAGCCAGUAAAGCUUACUCCUCCACCUCCUGUCACAUUUGUCUCUGCUCCCUGUCCACCUGCGGCCCUACCCACACCUCCCUCUCCACCUAAGGAACCGAUAGUCCGAGCUCCAGYUGUUGAACCUAUUGUUCCACCUCUAGAUACCAAAGUGCUUCCUCAAGGGGCAGAACCCAUACUUCCUCUGGUGCCUUUAGAACCUAUAGUGCCAUCUUUGGCCCCAUCUCCACCAAUAGAAGAACCAGUACCUGUACUCCUAUGUACCCCUACCACCGAGGAACCUGUAGUUCUGCCGACACUGGCUGAAGCUAUUAUCCCACUUGUCCCUAUAGAACCCGCCGUACCACCUAAGCCUGUGAAACCUGUGGUUCUAGCUCCUCCAGCUGUGGAACCAAUUGUGCUGCCUCCAGUGGUUGAAUCUGUUGUCCUACAUCACCCUGUAGAACAGGUAGAUGCACUUACCCCUGACCCUUCACCUGUUGAAGCUUUUGUCCUGCCACCUGUUGUGGUUGAGAAAGUAGCAACACCUACCCUCGUAGAACCGGUAGUCCUGCCACCUGUUGUGGAAUCUGUCACCAUUACGACACCACUUGUUGUUGAAGAGGUUGUCCUACCCACACGUCCACCUGUAGAGCCCCUACCUGUCUCUACUCCUCYGCCUGUUGCAGAUCCUCCACCUCCCCCAGUCCUAGCACCUAUCCCAGAGCCUAUUAUGGAGGAACUUCCUCCAGCACCAUGUCCCUACAUGGAGCUGGCCACCCUGUCUACUGCAUCGGCUGCUAGCAAACCAACUGAUAUCCCUCCCCCUGUAGAAGAGCCCAUAGCUCCCCCUCCUCUCUCUGCCCCGGUAGAACCCAUGGUCAGCAUUCCACCAUUCCCUCUCAUUGAAAACGUGGCUGUUCCAGUCGUGGCUCCUGUUGUGACCCCCACUGUGAUCCCACUGCAACCUCCAUUAGAUGAAGAAGUGCUGAGGAGGCAGAUCCAAGCUGAGCUAACGAAGGGCCUGGAAGAGGAGAUGAAAGUGAAGCGGCAGGAGUUUGAAAAACAGUUGUAUGAGGUGAAGGUCCAGGCCAGAGCCCAGGCGCAGGCUGUAGCCCAGGCCCAGAUCCAGGAGGAGGUUAAGAAAAUCCUGGAUCUGGAGAAGGCAGCGCAGGGAGAGAACCUGAUGGUGGCCCUCGCGAAGGAACGCAUGACCGCAGAGGAUGAGAGACUCAUGGCCCAGCUCUACUGGAUAGAGCUUAAGGCCCACAAACUGGAGGAGAAAGAGAACCAGGUGAAGAAACAAGAUGCACUCUUCAGGGAACAGGUCGCCAAGCUGGAAGAAAAGAGUGCUCAGUUCUUCAAAGUCACCACAGAGAACUUCAAGAAGGGCAGAGAGGACGCUCACAACACCUUCAAGCGUGUUGACAUCAAGCCAGUGUGUGGUGACCUGCAGAGUCAGAUCCUGAAGUGCUACAGGGAGAACACUGGACAGACCCUCACCUGCUCUGGCAUCGCCAACUUGUACAUGCAGUGUGUGGACAACCACAAGACUAAGAGCAUUGGAGGUUAGAAGAGCCUCAUUUUUCACCAAUGGCGUUACUGUUUAACCAGAGGGACAGGAGCCGGACGCCAUCAGCCAUCGAGACACACCAAAACCAGUUGAACUGUUGAACCACCACAGCUGAAGACACUCCUGCUCUACCAUCCCUUCCUCCCAUCCAUGGUAUCUGUAUUAACACCCCCCCCCCCCCCCCCGAGAGGGUCAGAGGUAGAAUGAGGAGACCAUGUCCUGACCCAGUACAGGCUAGAGACUGGUACUGAUGUGAGAGAGCGCGCACAAUAUGGUUCUUGGGUACACAAAUGGACAGUGCUAUUAGCACCACACUGACAGAAAAUGGACAUUGUUACCAUGACUACACUGACAGAAAAUGGACAUUGUUACCAUGACUACACUAUGACAGGAAAUGGACAUUGUUACCAUGACUACACUAUGACAGGAAAUGGACAUUGUUACCAUGACAACACUAUGACAGGAAAUGGACAUUGUUACCAUGAAUACACUAUGACAGGCAAUGGACAUUGUUACCAUGACUACACUAUGACAGGAAAUGCGAGACAUCUCAUCCCUGACUGUAUAUAAAAUGCUUUAUACAUCUCCACCAAUGGAAAUAUUGGGAUUACGGUUUUGCCGUUGACAGCAGUAUGAAACAUAAUGGAAUAGCCAAGUUGUGAAAGAUAUUGUGCAUUGUUUGUUUGUUGAGUUAAUAUGCACCUAUGCCUUAAUGUUCUAUCAAAACACAAAUGUUGCCUAUGCAAAACAAAUAAUGUAAUUUUCAUCUUUAUUGUUAUAAAAUACAAACACAUAUGGGGGUGGGAACUGACUGUGUGUCCCAAAUGACAUCCUAUUCCCUAUGAAGUGCACUACGACCAAGUGUGAGGUCUGGCUAAAACUAGUGCAAAAGUAGUGCAUAGUGUGUAAUUUGGGCCAGACCUCACACUUGGUCGCCACAGACCAAGACAAAUUUGUCACUUUGUUCACGGAGGGUGUAAACGGGAGUUGUUCUGAUCUCAAUAAAUUGUUGUGAAACACCCA